UAUUUCCAGGGAAAUUUCUACACAAACCAAUGUCAGUCCUAGAGAACUGGACAAAACAUUGAAAUCAUUGGUUGAUGUAAAGCUUUUACUUUCAUCUGAGGUGAGUUACAAUCGUUGACAAUUAAUACACGCAGAAAGAGGUCAUAUUUCCUCCUGAUUCUUAGUGUUUCUUACAACUAAUAAAAAUGGGUAAAGUGCGUAAUGUAAUAAUGCAAAUUGUUUUCUGGGCAUUAACAUUCAUAUUGAAUAAAUUACGUUUUCUCGUGGUAGGUUUCUCUGUCGCCAUAAUUUUGGAAUUUAAAUUAGUGAUGAUCUUCCCUUACUACCGGGUGGCCCAAAAAAAAGUUUGGUCCUGUUUGAUUCGUAAUAACAUCUAAACAAGUAUAGCUUUUAAAGAGAAAUAACUUGCAUCAAAUAGAGGAAGGACUAACUUAGACUUUGAUAUAUUACAGUUGUAUUUCACUUAAAAAUUCACGGAGAUAUUAAUCUUUAAAUUCGGGAGGAUAUUUCUUGAUGUGUCUGAAAUAUGCAAAAAUCGGCGUAUCAAAUAUUAAUCAAGAUUUGCCCGACUGAAACAUGCACUAUUACCAGUAAAUAAAUGACACUUGACAAAUUGUUUAUUAUGAAACAAAGUAUUAUUAUAUCUAUUAAUCCUGCUCUAACCGAGAAAUAAUCAACUUUGUUUUGAACCCAUGAAAAACAUAAAAAAUAGGUUAUUUAAGAAAAAUUGAAGCGCCUGCCUUGCAUGGUCUUUCAGUACCUUAAGUUUGCAAAGACCUAUUAAAUACUUACAUAAUUUCGAACGUUCAUAUUUCAGGAAACAAUAAGUUAAGACUUACAUGUAAGAUGUCUAAAUCUACGCCAUAUCCCUUACAAACCCUAACGACAAUUCGCUGAAAUACAAUUUACCCUGAUAUGUCAUUAAGCAAACAAACGCUGAAGUGAAAAUUUGAUACGCCGAUUUUCGCUAAUUUUAGACACAUCCCAAAAUAUGCUCCCGAUUUUGAACAUUAAUAUCUCCGUGAAUUUUUAAGUAAAAUACAACUGUAACAUAUCAAAAUCUAAGUUAGUCCUUCCUCUAUGUAAUGCAAGUUAUUUCUGUUUGAUAGCUUUACUUGUUUAGAAGUUAUUAUAAAUCAAACAGGAGUACUUUUUUUUGGGCCACCCGGUACCAUGUACCCGCACGUGUCGGGGGGAGGACAAAGGCGUGGGGGGGGGAGGCAAAGAUCAUGGAAAUAAACUAAAAAGCAAGAAAUAUGUAAGAUAAUAGUCGACAAUGCAAGAAAUAGGUAUAUUGGAUGCCGGCGCACUUUUUGGAAUGAUACUGUACCUUUUCGAACCUAAACACUCGAUAAAACAUUUCUUAUCCAUUGUUUUAUCUUUUUUCAGGCAAGUGAAUUUGCAAAAUCAACGUUAUCAAUCAACACUGAAUUUUCUAGCAAAAGAACAAAAUUAAAGAUUACAGUUCCUGUUUUGCGUGAAACGGCUCAGGUAUAGACACUUCUUAAAAGUACACAAACUUAUAAAUGCUGUUUCCUCUCGUCGGCUUUCGUUAAUUAAAGCCAGUAUAAUUCGCGAGGAAAACAUUGCCAGCCAUUUUAUAUUCUGUUGACACGCUAUAUACGUCCGUUAACCGUGUCUAUUAUCCUGAACGACGGGAUUGGGUCAUUGGAGUCCAUUAUAUAUUUUAUGUAUUGGUAACUACUGUUAAUCUUAUUCUUCGACGGCUGUUUUCUUAUCUCUUGUCAUCCUAUAAUGAUCAACAGGAGUGUAAAUCUUCGUUAAAAAAAUUUCAAUGCGUGUAUUUAGUUUACUUUGAUGACCUUAUAUUAGAAGCUUAUCUAUAUUAUAGUAAACUUAAAAUCUGAAAAUAUCCAUACUGUGGAAAUUCUUUACAAAUUGCCUGGGAAAAGGUGAGAAAUUCAAACUUUUGUGAGAGACGAGGAUGUCCAAACCUAUACAUAGCCCUUACGUGUUCAAUGAUUUAUGGCCACAUGCCCCCUUGUUCAUAAACCCUAUGCCCAUUAAAACGCUUUCUUACAAAUAUUUUCUGCGAUUUACAUUUGUUUUGACGUAAUCCAUCUGAUUGGCUUAUUUUUUGUCACGUGAUCGCUUUUAUAUUCACUAGUAUGCAAACACAUGUAAUUGUUCCGAUCCAUGCUAUAUACUGACUUCCCUCAGCAGAACUUGCGUCGGAAUGUCAUAGGCCACGUAACUGGUAAUCCGCCACUGGUGUAAUGUAGUCAAAGCUACUUAAAAAUUUGUAUAAUUUAAAACCGAUUCUACUGACCUGAACGGUUAUAUUAUUUAUUCGAGAGGUAUUGUGUUAAUUUGUUUUUUUUUAUCAACUAUAGUUAUUCUGUAUAUGGUUCACUUUAAUAGGAGGUUCAUCAAUUUCGUUCUUCUAUUGACGAAGACAGAAAGUUGUAUAUUCAGGUUAGGAAACGAUUUAAUUUUUUCACGCCUUGUGUAAAAAGUUUAUUUGUUUAUUCCUGUUCAAUGUUGUAUAAACUUGUAUAGAUCAUGUUUUGCAUUAUUUUAUUCAUAGACGGACGGCCAAAACCGGAAAAUGUGCAACAAAAUUUGUUUGAUGGCAUUUCCUGUUACAAGCUGCCAACUGACAUUUUCGUAGAGUAUAUGCAUUAACGAACAAGACUAGACAUGUUGGCAACUCUAAUUAUGGCUUUAUAGAUGAAAAUUUGAGAAUUUGAAAAUUUUAUCUAUAAAAAGUACUAUGAUGAGAAAAAUGCAAAAUUACAAGUUCACAUUUAACAAAAAUAAAUUAUACCAUUAGAAAGUUCGCAAAAAAAGUAUAUAUAAGAUAUAUAAGCGAGUAGUAUGAUUUUUGUAGCCAAUUUUGUGCUUUUAACACUGGAAAAUGAAAAAAAAACGUCAAUUGAUGCCGAUAGUUACUAUUUUGCCAACUUUAAGCUCCUUUAACUCAAAACUGGCUUGAAAAUUCGCACUACUCGCUUAAAUGUCUUAUAUAUAUUUUUCUCCGAUCUUUCUAAUGGUAUAUAUUAUUUUUGUGAAAAAUGAACUUGAAAUAUUGUAUUUUAGUCAACAUAGUACUUUAUUAGGCAAAAUUUUAAAAUUCAGCUGAAAUUUUCAACUAUAGAGCCAAAAUCAGAGGUGCCAACAUGUAUAGUCUUGUUCACCAAUGUGUAAGCUAUAAGAAAAUACCAGUUGACAGCUUGUAACAAAAAAUGCCAUCAGAGUGUACAUUUCAGAAUGUUGGCCGGUCGUCUAUCAGCCUUGUGUUAUGAACGAGAAGUUGCAAUUCCGCUAUUAUUGUUAAACUGUUCUAUACGUCUACUAUAUACAUGAAGGCCUCCUUGAAAAGGUUUAACGAAAAGCCUGGCCAAAAAAUUGAGAUUUUUUGAGCAUUUCGCUCUGAGUCAAUAGAACUGACAGAUGUUUGUAGGUGGGAAUUUCGUUCUCGACCAAUCAAUGCAUUUGUUGACAUUUUUCGCUCUAAGCCAAUCAGAAUGCGUAAUUGGUUACUACUUCCGGUAAAGACACACAUUUGAACCGAAAAUAUAGGGUCUUAAAUAGAGCUUCGAGGGGGUCAGGAUUUUUAAAUUUUUUUAUUGGAUUUAACGUGACAGGGUAAAAUAAGAAAUUUUCUAAAAAUUUGCCCGCUCGGAUUUGCGGUUUAUUGCCUUCAGACACUGAUUUUUAAGACAUCCCAUAUAUGGGGCAAUGCCCCCGUCCUUUCCAGCAUCCCUGGUAUAGUUUUAAAGUUAUCGGCAUUCGAAUAGCGACGUAUAAAGAGCGCGUAAGUUCGAAUGCCGAUAAUUUUAAAACUAGGCAAUAAAACGCAAAUCCCAACGGCAAAUUUUUAGAAAAUUUCUUAUUUUACCUUGUCACGUUGAAUUCAACCUAAAAAAUAAAAAUCCUGACCCCCUCGAAACUUUAUUUAAGAUCCUAUAUUUUCUGUUGAAAUGUGUGUUUUUACCGGAAGUGGGCUUUCUGUGCUCGCAGCAACCUCGUACCCCGGGACUUUCCUCUUGGGGAGCAAAGACCCUGGUAGACGCUGGUCACGUGAUCUGCUAAAAUCUAGCAGAUUUGUAAUUAGCAAUCCAAGAUCAGGUCAAUAAACAUUUGAUAUUUGGAUUAUUUUGGUAGUUUAAUUUAUAAUUUGCAUUUUGUGUGAUUGUCGUAAAGAAAACCAAGAUAGUUAAUUAAAAAUCUGCUAGAUUUUAGUAGAUCACGUGACCAGCGUCUACCAGGGUCCUUGCUCCCCAAGAGGAAAACCCUGAGUACGAGGUUGUGCUCGCAGGGAAACUACUUACAAAUGCGCUGACUGGUCGAGAACGAAAUUUCCCCUUGUUGCGCCCUAACCAACUGAGCUACACGCCUACACUAUAACCAUUGAACUCUAUAAUAGAUUUCAAUUCUGCAUGAAAACUGUUCACGCGUGGUAUUUACAUGCUCCACGUAUGAAAUAUAAUCUUUCAGUAAUUAUAUGCAAAUCUGCGCACGUGACUUCGUUUUCAUACAGUGCAUGGGUGCCAUUUUUGAAAUUAUGUACGGAUUUUAACAUUUAUUCUUCGUGAGUUUUGUAUUUUAGGCUAGUUAAAUUAACAUUCAUACAAACAUUUUUUUCACUUUGUGUGGGUUAUAAAGGAUCAGCUUUCGGCCUUUGAGUGGUAUUCGGACUUUAGAUUGGUUCAGAAAUCUAUUCUGACAAAUACCCAAUGACACAAAUGCAAAGAAAAGAGAAAAUUAUAGUGGAGUAUUCUUUACCCAGUGUCAAAAUAAUCGAGUCAUUCCGAUCGAUAAUUUCAUAUCUUGUCUUAAAUUUAGCCUUUGUUUCUAAUAUUGUUUAGGCAACAAUUGUCCGCGUCAUGAAAGCACGAAAGAUUCUUAAACAUAAUAUACUGAUGCAAGAGGUACAUAUUUUUUAAGUGAUUUCAACAUGUAUAGAAAAAGCAUAUGAAAAUACUUUAUACAGAAUUUAGGAAAGGGAGACGUCUUUGGGCAUUUGGUGUUGAAACUAUAUUUGGAAUAUACAGUAGUGUACGUAGCUUGAAUUUUUUGUGCUUCUAGUGUUAUGCACUCAAAAAGAUACUGGUGAAGAUAUAUGUUUUUGAUGUUGUCUCUGACUGUGUUCACACCGAGGAAGCUGAAAAGUUUGCUCGACCGCGGUGGGAAUCGAAAUCACGACCUUUGCUAGUCCAUUGCUGUACCAACUAAGCUACGAGGUCAUGUUGGUCAAGUUUCUACGAUCUUGAAUUUUUUGUGCAGUUUCUGGUGUUAUGCACUCGGGUGACGAAAUAUCACCCACUCGAACCGACUUGACCUCGCAGCUCAGUUGGGCAGAGCAUUGGACUUUUAGGUCGCGAGUUUGAUUCCCACCGCGGUCGAGCAAACUUUUCAGCCCGCUCGGUGUGAACAAACUCAGACACAGCAUCACAAACAUAUAUUCAAGAAUCUCGUGGUAUAUAAUACGUACCCCCGCUUCCAAAGUGCGCUGAGAUAUAGAGGAUAUUAUACGGCGGCGCGAAGAUAUGACUUUUAUCUUCGAGUGGUGAAAACAAUAUUUUACGAACGAGUGCAGCGAGUGAGAAAAAUAUUGUUUUUAACACGAGAAGAUAAAAGUCAUAUCUCCAAGCCACCGUGUAAUGUUCUGUUUAUUAUAUAGUCCCAAGCAAAAAAUUGUGAAAUUUUCACGCUCCAAAGCAAAUUGGAAAAAGUCACGUGAUCGAUAUCUGCACUAGUGAAGAUAUGGAAAAUAUCUGACUGUGUAUUUUCAGUGUCUCACUCUCUACUAUAUAAUAAAUCAUGUUAUUUUUCUUUCAUUCAGGUUAUUAGUCAAUCAAAGACGAGAUUCUCUCCAAGUGUAUCCAUGAUUAAGGUGAAUAUUCCAGAAUUCAUGCCAUGUUUCUAAACUAGCUCAUUUUCAAAGUUGUGACAUACCCAAGUGAAUUAUUUUCGCACCGUUUCUAACAAAGAGGGUGUCAGAUCAGUCGUAUAUUUUUCUUAUUUCUCAAAUUCAGA